AUGGGUAAACCUAGAAAACAAAGAUGGUGUGCCAACUACUAUCCACCUGAUCCGGAUAAAACUGACGAAGAUAUUGUAAAUGAUUAUAUCUAUAGGUAUAAUAUAAAUAAAGAAAAAUUCUAUAAAUUGUUGACUAACUCGAAAAAAACUCGACGUCAUAAAAGUCAAGAGAAAUCAGAAAGAAAUGGAACCAUCAAAGUUAAAACACCUCCCCGCCCUCAGAAUAGGUUUAUUUUAUAUAGGAGAUUUAAAUCACGUAGCCCCAAAUUUAAAAAAAGGCGAAAGGAGGAUAGAAAAGUUAAACUUACAUCAAAAGAAAUAGCAAUUCUUUGGAAAAAUGAGACGGAAGAAGUAAAAAAGGUUUUCUGUGCUCUUGAAAGGAUGGUCAAGAUAAAGCACAGGGAGGUUUAUGGAGAUGAUUAUAAAUAUAAAAAAAAGAAAAGAGGGUCAUCGAUCUCAUCUGACAAUUCUUCAACCGAAUCAUUACCAUAUUAUCAAGCUUCCCAAUCUUCAACAGAUUCAUCCAAUAUGAGCUUGCACACACUUGGAGACUCUACCUCGUCCAACUUAAAUUCGCCGAAUCAAAACAUGAUGAAUGAUGCCAUUCCAGGAGAUUCGCACAAUCACAACUUUACUAAUAACGCUCAUGGAGAUUCUACCUCUCCCAGCUUAAAUUUGCCGAAUCAGAACUUGAUGAUUGAUGCCACUUCUGGAGAUUACUUGAGAUCGUACAAUUACAACUUUACUAAUAACACUCUUGGAGAUACUACCUCGCCCAACUUAAAUUUGCCGAAUCAAAACAUGAUGAAUGAUGCCACUUCUGGAGAUUACUCGAGAUCGUACAAUCACAACUUUACGAAUAACACUCUUGGAGAUUCUACCUCUCCCAACUUAAAUUUGCCGAAUCAAAACAUGAUGAAUGAUGCCACCUCUGAAGAUUACUCGAGAUCGUACAAUCACAACUUUACUAAUAAUACUCUUGGAGAUUCUACCUCGCCCAACUUAAAUUUGCCGAAUCAAAACAUGAUGAAUGAUGCCACUUUUGGAGAUUAUUCGAGAUCAUACAAUCACAACUUUACUAAUAACAUUCUUGGAGUUUAUACCUCGCCCAACUUAAAUUUGCCGAAUCAAAACAUGAUGAAUGAUGCCACUUUUGGAGAUUCGCACAAUCACGACUUUAUUAAUAACAUCCUUGGAGAUUCUACCUCGCCCAACUCGAGAUUGCAGAAUCCAAACUUGAUGAAUGCCGACGCUUUUAGAGAUUCUACCCCACCCAACUUGAUUUCGCAGAAUCAAAAUACAAUGAAUGAUGCGACUUCUGGAGAUUGCCCCGGCUUCACCUACAUUCUUGAAGAUUCUACUUCAUCGAGUUCGCAGAAUUACAACUUACCUAAUUAUGCUUCUACCUUACCCGACUUAUUCUAUGAUCAGGAUAAUUUAAACAAUUAUGCUAAUUCUACCUCACCCAACAAUGACGCAUUUGGAUUUUACACUCAACAGUCUUCCAAUUUUGAUUCAACGGAUCCUUUUGAACCUGAUUAUAUGGUUGAUAAUACAUACUUAUAUUUCGACUUCAUCGUACGACAGUUACUUGAAUCAAAUCUGAAACAAAGUGUUUCAGGGUAUCUAUAA